CUUGGCCCCGCUCCUUCCCUGGCGCCGCCAUCUUGGAUGGCGCCUGUGGGCGUCGGGUGUCAAACCCGGUUCUGGCGUCGCCGCGGAGGGGAAUCCGGAGCCGCUCCGGAGCAGCAGUCCAGCUUUCCGGUUCCUUUGACCUUUUUUGGGACGUAUGAAAUGACUUUACCGGAACUUGCUCCAAGUUGGAUGCACAUACGGCAUUUUCUGAGCACAGGAAGACACAAAAUAGGAAAAACGAAGGCCGGUCUCUGAGGGAAUUUAUUUGGGGAGAGGACUGCUUUGGUUUUAGGAGCUGAUAAAAAUGACCACUUCGUCGAUCCGGCGGCAGAUGAAAAACAUUGUGAACAAUUAUUCGGAGGCCGAAAUAAAGGUCCGGGAAGCCACGUCCAAUGACCCAUGGGGCCCAUCAAGUUCUUUGAUGACUGAAAUCGCUGACCUGACCUACAAUGUGGUGGCCUUUUCUGAAAUAAUGAGCAUGAUCUGGAGACGCUUAAACGACCAUGGCAAGAACUGGCGGCAUGUCUACAAGGCAUUGACGCUUUUGGAUUACCUGAUCAAAACCGGGUCAGAGAGGGUGGCCCAGCAGUGCAAAGAGAACAUAUUUGCCAUCCAGACUCUGAAAGAUUUCCAGUACAUUGACAGGGACGGGAAAGACCAGGGCAUCAAUGUGCGGGAGAAGUCCAAGCAGCUGGUCUCCCUCCUCAAGGAUGACGAGCGGCUCAAGGCAGAGCGGGCCCAGGCCCUGAAGACCAAAGAGCGCAUGGCGCAGGUGGCCACGGGGGUCGGGAGCAACCAGAUCACCUUCGGCCGGGGAUCCAGUCAGCCCAACCUCUCCACCAGCUACUCGGAGCAGGAGUAUGGCAAAUCGGGAGGGUCUCCGGCCUCCUACCACGGGUCUACAUCACCACGAGUGUCUUCGGAGUUGGAACAGGCACGGCCUCAGACGAGUGGAGAGGAAGAGCUCCAGCUGCAGCUGGCUUUGGCCAUGAGCCGGGAAGUGGCUGAACAGGAGGAACGCCUUCGCCGUGGCGACGAUUUGCGGUUGCAGAUGGCUUUGGAAGAGAGCCGCAGAGAUACGGUGAAAAUUCCCAAAAGGAAAGAACGCACCACUCUGUUGGAUCUCAUGGACACCUUUCCUUCUUCGGCACCAACCACCCAGAAAGCAGAACCAUGGGGCCCCCACCCGGCUGCAGCAAACCCUACGGACCCUUGGGGGGGCCCUGCAACCGCCAGCACUGUCUCGGACCCUUGGCAGUCGUUUGGGGCCAAACCAGCAGCCUCCGUUGAUCCUUGGGGAGCCUCCUCUGUGUCUGCCUCCUCCUCCUCCUCCUCUGCACAGCCUCCCCCAAAGAAUGCAGACCCCUGGGCUCCCUCCCAGCCAUCUUCUGUAGCCUCGAAAGCAGACCCUUGGGGGCCUCCAAAUAACUCCAUUUCUGCUUCUGGUAGUCAGUCCUUUGACCUCUUCAGCAACUUGAACGGGACGAUUAAAGAUGACUUUUCUGAAUUUGACAGUCUUCGGACCGCAAAAAAGCAAGAUUCCAGCUCCACGCUCUCAGCUCAGAACAGCGGUACAACUAGCCCAGACCUCUUUGAAUCCCAGCCAUCCAGCUCAGCCUCCGGCAAACAGAGUGUGGCCCGGAAGACGCCAGAAUCCUUUCUGGGGCCCAAUGCUGCCCUGGUGAACUUGGAUUCGCUGGUAUCAAAACCCCCACAAGCCGCACCUUCGCUGAACCCUUUCUUGGCUCCAGGGACAGCGGCCUCGGCGGCGGCACCUCCUCCUUCCUCAUCCUCUGCACCAGCUCUGGUCAACCCCUUCCAAGUGAACCAGCCUCAGCCCCUGACCCUCAACCAGAUGCGGUCCAGCCCUGUCAUGGGCAGCAGCAGCCCAUCUUUCACUGCCGUCCCAGCUGCGGAGCCGGUGGCACCGAUGGCUACCUCCCUGGCCAGGAUGGCCACGCCGGGGAUGGUGGUGGGUUUUGUGGGGCCAAUGGUGCCCCCUUUACACAGUACUGGCUUCGUCCCUUCCAUCUCACAGCCUGAAAACACGACUAACCCUUUCCUCCUAUAAGGCUCCCUUUAUAGUGGAGCAGAGCCUGGUUUGUGGGACUUUAUCUGCUGCCGGCUUGAGCCAAACUGUGUGCGGAAAGACCCUCGGAGGUGUGUGUGUUUGCCGUUUACAGAAGAGAUUUUGUCACUCCUCACCUAGCAUUUGCUGCAGAACAUACUUUUAUUAUUUUUCUUCACCAAGGGCUUGUGGGAGCAUUGCAUUAUUUUAUUUUAGAGUUUUCACGCCAAAAUUAGUUCCCCUCCCUUUUAUUUCCUGUAACAUUUUUAGAAUUUGUUUUGUCGCCAAAGUUUUUUCCUUCCCAUAUUCCCCUUGUUUUUUUUUGUUCCUUGCUUCAAUAUUAUAGGAAGAACCGCCCCUUUUGAGUACAGACCUCCUUGCAAUGUUUUAUAUCCUUGAAGCUUGGAUGUCAAAACCCUUUGCUCUUAAAUGAUAGAUCAGAGACUCUCUCAAGUGCUAGCAAAUGCAAACAACCAUGUAUUCUUCUAGAGACUGUUGGCUCACCCAUAGUCCUUACCGAUCUUAUAGAAAGAAAAGAACAGAAGAGGAAAAGUAGGAGAACUCUGGUGUGCAUAGGAGUGAAAUAUCAGAAACCGAAACUGCCCAGUUUUUUUUUGUUUGUUUUUUGAUGCAAAAGUUGAUGCAGGUCAGAAAGGGAACAGAACAAAAAGAUCCUAAAACAGUAUUGGAAUUUUGGAAAAGGACGGCCUUAUUGUCCUGUUGAUCCGUUAGUGGCAGAGUCAAGAAGGUCCAUGAGAUUGGUGGCCAUAUUGUCCAUUAGUGACUUGGUUUGGGAAAUUAUUGUGUGUGUUUUUAUUUUUAUUUCUUCUCUCGACUUGGGAUGCAGACGUAAAAAGAAAAAACAGGAAGGGGAAAGGAGAGCAAACAGAGUGAUAAUGGGAAUCCUCGCCCUCGCGCGGGGAAUGCAUUUGCCGUGAUUUCCUCAUUUAUUAUGCAGUUAUCCUUGUCUACUUUUUUGCACUUUUAAAACAGUACCAUUUUUGGGAUUUGAGCUUGCAAGGCUCAGUUUCACUUCUUGCAUCUUGUUUUAUAACGCCCUUCUUAUUUAACAGUCUGUAGCGUAGGCCGAAAAGUAAGAUACCGUCUUUUUUUUAAUGAUUCAGUGCCCUCUUAUUUAUAUCUAUAUCUAUCUAUAUAUAUAUGAAUAUUUUAGCUCUUGGGUUCCACAAAGAGAGUUUUAAAAGGGAAUAUUGAGACACACCGCUU